CCGAAUACAGCCGUCUGCAUGGUUAAGCAAGCUGUGGUUACGUAAGGCGUUGAGAGAUAUCGCAAACUGAGUUUGCUAUGGCGAGCCGAACGACAAUCACGACCAUUUUGAAAGUACUUUUUCUCUGUGAGUUCUCCAUGACAAAUUGUGCAAAGAUUCUGUACCUUCCGUUCCCUCUCUACAGCCACAUCCAGACAGUCACAUGGCUCAGAGAUGACCUAAAGAAUUUCGGCCAUGACCUUUGGAUUGCAUACCCGGAUGUGUUAGCAUCCCGUGGGAUUCUCAACGAUCCUAGUUUCAACUUCAUCAAGUAUGAUAGCCUUGGAGACAUGGACCCGGACAAGCACUAUGUCAAACCAGCUGUGGAUUAUUACCUGGAUCCUGAUAACUUCACAAGUAUCACGACCGGAAUCUUUCAUUUUGUCAACAUAGCUCUGAAAUACAUCGAUCCCACUAAUCCUCCACUCGAUAUGUUUGAAGGCGCAAACCUAAUGAACAAGCUUGUAUUACGAGAUGCUAAGUUGCUGGAUAUUAUCAAGAGCCAUAACUUCGAUCUGGUGCUAGUGGACGGGACCGUUGGUAUGCCAUAUGCAAUCAUUGCCUACAAACUUGAUAUCCCUUUUUGUUUCAUUGGGCCAUUUUACGACUCCUGGAGAACAGGAGCUCCUACAUAUCCAUCCUUUUCUCCUAUAAUAGGACUUGGCGCAUCCGAUACUAUGGGUUUUAAGGACCGGGUUGUCAGCACGCUGCAACACGUUCUACUGAUGGUAGCCAACCCUCUCAUGUCCGACUCAAUGGUUUCUCUCUAUGCCUCGGAGAAACCGUACAUUUCUCUGACUAACUUGGUGAGCAAGGCAGAGUUGUGGUUGGUUGAACAAGACAUAGUGUUAGAUUUUCCAAGAUCAUCGAUGCCCAAUACUAAGUUUGUUGGUGGACUGUCUGUUCACGAUUCUAAACCGUUACAAGGACGCUUCAAGGCCUUUUACGAAAAUGCCAAAACUGGUGUUGUUGUUGUGUCGUUUGGUGGGAGUGUAAAAGCGUUACCGAAGCAGUUUGAGGAUAAACUUGUACGUGCCUUCACGUUAACAAAAUACUCUUUCGUUUGGAGAUCAAGUAUUAACUCAUCGAUUGGAAAUAAAUUUCUUGUGUCUGACUGGAUACCUCAAAAUGACCUUUUGGGCCAACCCAAAACAAAACUGUUCAUUACUCAUUGCGGUGCAUAUAGUCAGUAUGAAAGUAUAUAUCAUGGUGUUCCUAUGAUCGGGAUGCCUGUUUAUGCUGAACAACAUUACAAUAGUAGACGAAUGGCGUGGAAGAAGUAUGGAAUUGCUAUGGAUUUUCACAAACAUUCUGCUGAAGAACUUGCACAAGCAAUAACAACUGCGAUAGACUCCCCAAUAUACAAGGAAAACGUUGUCAAAGCUUCGAUGAUAUUUAAAGACAAAACUCUUACGCCACGACAGGAAGCAGCGUACUGGAUAAAUCACGUGAUUAAAUAUGGCGGCAGCUACUUCCGGUCAGCUGGCCUUGACCUUGCAUGGUAUCAAUUCAUGUGUGUUGACGUACUGAUCUUCAUCACGGUGAUGUUGCUGGUAUUCCUAUAUUGCUCAUACAAAUCGAUGAUUUUUGUGUCAAAUAUUUUCCUUAAAGCAUACAAACAUAAGUCAAAAGUCGAAUAACUUGUAAACAGAUUAUAAUGAGAUUAUCCCGUCCCAGUGAACUUUAUCAAGUUAUUUGUUUUUUAGGUGAGUUUUGCAAUAUAGUACUAUAGUACAUCACGCAAAAUAUUUGAAACGCAAUACUUUCCUGUGAUAACCAGUUUAAUGACUGAUAUUAUGUUUUAUUACUGUACAUACAAUUAUUUCGAAGAACUAUUCAGACAAAUAAAAGAGCUUUUUUUCGAAAA